AUGGAGGAAGGCGACAAGUUCCCAUGGUUCAACGACGGCGACGUCCUCAUCGUCCUGACCGCCGCUCGUCAAUUCAAGCUGCAUCGCAACGUCCUGCGCAACGCCAGCCCGACGCUGAACCGUCUGCUCCACGAUACCUUUGUCACGAGGACCGGGAAAACGCUGCCUAAGAGACUGCGGCAACCGGGGAAGAUCAUCCGUCACCGUCUCAGCGGCGAGCCGAACGAUGGAGAUGACUUUCUGCCCAAUGUCACCCUCCAGCCCGUCCAUCUUGACGAAUACGGUCAGCCGCUGGUUCCUGACAUCCUGCCUCCCCUGCCCCUGACGUUUGAAAACGGUCGUGCUGUCAAUCCCGUCUAUCCGGCAUACGAAAUGGUGCUCGGCGCCAUGUACAACCGCGACCUCGACUUUGGUGACUUUGACGUCACCUCCCUCGACGACAUUCUCGAAAAGGCGCAGCAUGUGCUGCUUGUCGCCGAAUACCUCCAAGUCGUCCAUCUCAUCACCAAAUCCAUCGAAGCGUCAUUGCUAGCAACAGGCCAAGCAGUUUAUCGCGCCAUCGCUGACAUGCCCGCGGCAUGGCUGUUGCUAGCCUAUCGCAUGCAAUGUAAAUCCAUCUUCAAAGAGGCCCUGAUCCACGUCACCGGACAGUACAAUACGCCAGAAGUGCGCGCGACGAUUAACAACUUCCCUAAUUCAGUCCGCAAGAUCGUAGAGGACAAGGUCAAUACAGUCAGAGGGGGUCUCGAGGUGGCUCAACAGAGCAUCAUGGCUCACUACCCAUCCAACAUAACGCGCGAUGCCUUUGGCGACAAGGCGAAAUUGACCAAGGACUCCUACGCGAGCGAUGUCGUGACCUGGAUGGCCGUGGCGGCGUACCGGCAAUGGAUGGGGAUGAAUCUCGUGCGAGACAAAACACACCAAGCCAACGACAUGGGAUUCGCCUUCUUCAGCCAGCUGCACAAAGGCGGAGAGGCGUAUCUCGGUCGCGAGGCGCUGGAGCAAUUCGCCAAGCUCUUUCCCAUGAGCCCGAAGUUGACGAGCGUGCUGAGGGAGAGGCUCCUGGGCAUCAAGGAUACUGUGAAGGAGAGCUUUGCCGCGCCAUUCAUGGAGAACAAAUCUCAGCUCGACACCAGCACGUAUUCUCAUGGCUUCUUCACUUGCACUUACGUGGAUUCUGCCGACUUCCCGUGGCUUAUGGAAGAGCAGGAGGAAGAUGAGAGCAGCGAGGACGAGCACUGA